AUGGUGUUAACUAUGCAACGAAGACGCGAUCUUGUGGUGCCAAAAUCACUAAAAAAAGGCAACCGGGUUCUUAAGCUGUGCACACGCUGUCGAAGCAGCAAGAUCCGUUGUGAUGCCAUGCUCACCCAACCAUGGCCUUGCACUUUCUGCUCCAAGCGCAGUUUUGUUUGUAUGUUAGAUGUUUCGCAGCCUGCCAAAAGAGAAUACGAUGUGACUGAACGUUUAGUGGCGGACGUGCGUGAUCUACAUCAUCGCCUUGAUCGUUUGGUGUUAAAGAAGACUCGUUUAGUUCAGCAGCUUUUACUGCGUCAAGGCGGGGUUAAUACCCGCAGAAUGCCACAGGCAACACCUCAAACACCGCCAGUCGCUCAAAUACAGACUAUACUACAAUCUCCGCAUGAGAAACUGCCCUCAGACACCAUUUAUAUCGACCCAAUUCCCACUCUUGCCCUAGAGGGUUCCUUCACGAUUCACUCGGACCAAAAAAGCCAGCCCUUGUCUUUAAGCCACGCCAGGGUGAGUGAGCUUUUUGAGAAUUUCAACCAGAACUUUAGGCAUCAUUUGCCUGUUCUUCCCGAAUCUUUUUUCCACAAAGACUUGCAGCAGAUCCAUCGCGAAAGCGACUUAUUGUUCUGGGUUAUUGUUGCUACUUCAUUCUUAAACCAAAAAGAGCUGACGAUAUACCUUCAACUUGUGCCUCAUGUACGUAAUUUAGUGGUCGUGAAUUGCUGGUUCAACACCCCGCGUUCAGUUUACUCCUUGGUGGCGCUCUUAAUACUCACUACUUGGCCAUUACCUAAUGGCGAGGCACUGAAAAUACAAGAUGAUAUUUGUGUCAAGUACGUUUCCCUCAUGAAAAGUUUGGCCCUUCAGUUUGGGCUUCACAAGCCUAGUUUUCUCAGCGAGUUCAGCAAGAAAACUUCCAUGAGCAUGGAUGCCACAGAGGAUGAGAAUAGACAGAUACGCGAACGCAUUUACAAAUAUGUCAACAUCAAUUCAAACUACUGGCUUGUUUAUCUCGGGCUAUCCAACUCCAACUACAAUGGGUUUCAAAUGGACUACAUUACUGAUAAAGCAGCGAAUGUGGACAUCUUUAAUAGGGAAAAAUUUUCUCCCGAAGAUAACUUCACAAACUCACUAUUGAAAGUCUCGUUGUUGCAACUGAAAAUGAACGAGAACAUGAGCGACCUCCUUCACAGUCCGAGUCAUGUUAGCAAGCUUAUUCAUUUGCAUAUGUUUGAAAAAAUAUUGAACGCGUAUAAAGCAGAAACCUCUCCUUUCCUUCAAGAUGACUUGCUUUGUAUGUCUGUGGAGUAUUCCAAAUUGCAUCUAUACAUCUACUACUUGUCAAAUGUUGAUAUCACGCUAUCAGAGUAUAAGGAUGUUAUCUACCAAGCUCUUAAUUGUUGCAAGCGCAUUUUAACUUUGUUUGAAACAAACUUCUCCACCAUUGAAAAUUUUUACCAGGUACCAAUUCACUACCGUUUUGCCAUCGAGUUGUCUUCUCUUCUCUUAUUGAGCAUACACUCGAGUCCACUUUUAAAUUCCAUCAAUGAUUACCUAGAGGUCAAGGCCGAUUUCGCAAGAGCUUAUACACUCUUAAAAAAGACAAACGAAAAGAACUGGGCACGGGUGAAUGGAAAGCUUUUUAAGGUGAUUGAAAAGUUCGAUGCUUGUGAUAAGAGGUCUCUCCUUGCUAUCAAAAAUCAGCAUAAGUCAUUCUUUCUUAUAAACAAAAUGACGAGCUACUUGGUUUCAAGUUUGAGCUACGAAAUGAUAUGGGACAUUUACCAAAUGGAGAAAUCAGAAAAGAGUUCUGAUUCUCUCCAAAUAGAUUGGGAAAUCUACGGAUUGGAUUGUGAAAAUAUGGAACACAAACAAAUAAUGGAUUACUUGAUGACCGCGAAAUCAAUCAUCCCACUAUUAUGA